GCUUGGUGCAUAAAAGAAUUAACAAACCAGGAUGUACUUGGAGACUGGCUGGUGAGGUAAGACCUAUCAACACAUAGUUAGCUCAUUAGAGGAAUUAACAAACCAGGAUGUACUUGGAGACUGGCUGGUGAGAACCAUGCUGCUCUUUCUUCACCAGUUGCCCAGAGUGGUGGAGCAGCUAACAAACCUGUAACUUGAGACGACUUAUGUCACGGUGACAAACACAAACACGGGAGUUCUUACCGCAAACACUGAUGAUAUUAGGGACUCAACGGAAACAUGAGGUUGACUUCUAACAUCUGCCUGGCUUUGCUAUGCUUUUCGGCGUUGAUAAAUUGGUCGCAUGUACAAGCUGCAGAAUGCCCCGAUCGCUUGGAUAUGAUUUUUGUUCUUGACGCGUCACAAAGCGUGGGAUUCCAGGACUGGGAGAAGCUGAAAAAAACUGUACAGGAUUUCAUCACCCAAACCAGCACCACUGCGAGUGAAGCCCGGUUUGGUGUGAUCGUCUACAGCACAAGCGUGGCGCCAGAUGGGAAAAUAGAACUCGCAAAGGGCACGGCAAUACUAAACAGAGUCAAGUUCCUGAGAUACCCAGCACAGGGCACAUACACCCAUUUAGGUAUCGACGAGGCAAGGGAGAUGUUCGCCAGGACAAAAAUCAAUGGCAUCCCACAGUUAAUGGUUGUCAUCACAGACGGUCUGUCAUUUGACCAGACGAAAACAGCUUCUGCAGCAGACACAGCCAGAAGAGCAGGAAUCGAAAUCUACGCUGUGGGUAUUGUCACUGCUGGCUCGCCUCUUAGCAAAAGAAGGUUUACUCGAGAACUGUUGGCUAUUGGUUUGACGAAAAAUAACACAGUGGAGUUAGUAGACUUCAACAGCCUCACCACGUCGCUUCUCUUGCAAUUGACUCCAGUUUGCGUGGGUGGUGCAGUGAACGGACAGUGGUCAGCCUGGGUUAGAUCGAAUGUUGGCUUCUGUCAAUCAAACUGUCAGAGAUCCGUGUCCUUGACAAGAACUUGUACAAACCCCGCCCCCUCAGGAGGCGGACAGCAGUGUAGUGGAGUCACUAGUGACACCAUUACAGAAUCCUGUUCAGGAGACAACUGUCGUACAGUGAAUGGACAGUGGUCAGCCUGGACUAGGACGACUGUUGGCUUCUGUGAAUCAGCCUGUAAAAGAACUGUGACCUUGACAAGAUCUUGCACAAACCCCGCCCCGUCAGGAGGCGGACAACAGUGUAGUGGAGCCAGCACUGACACCAUCAGAGAAGAUUGUACAGGAGGUUCGUGUCGUACAGUGGAUGGACAAUGGUCAGCCUGGGUUAGAUCGAAUGUUGGCUUCUGUCAGACGGAGUGUCAGAGAACUGUGUCCCUGACAAGAACGUGUACAAAUCCUGCCCCCUCAGGAGGAGGGAGGGACUGUAGUGGACCCAGCAAUGGUACUAUCAGAGAAGCCUGCACUGGCGGAAGCUGCGGUCCAGCAGUGAAUGGACAGUGGUCAGCAUGGUUCAGACAGAGGGUUGACUUCUGUCAAUCAGAUUGUAAGAGAACCGUGUCCCUGACAAGAACUUGUACAAACCCCGCCCCCUCAGGAGGAGGGCUACAGUGUAGUGGAGCCAGUAGCGACACCAUCAGUGAAGAUUGUACAGGAGGCAACUGUCUUAGAGUGAAUGGACAGUGGUCAGCAUGGUUCAGACAGAGGGUUGACUUCUGUCAAUCAAACUGUAAGAGAACCGUGUCCCUGACAAGAACUUGUACAAAUCCCGCCCCCUCAGGAGGAGGGCUACAAUGUAGUGGAGCCGGUAGCGACACCAUCAGUGAAGAUUGUACAGGAGGCAACUGUCGUGGAGUGGAUGGACAGUGGUUAGCAUGGUUCAGACAGAGGGUUGACUUCUGUCAAUCAAACUGUAAGAGAACCGUGUCCCUGACAAGAACUUGUACAAAUCCCGCCCCCUCAGGAGGAGGGCUACAAUGUAGUGGAGCCAGUAACGACACCAUCAGUGAAGAUUGUACAGGAGGUAACUGCCUUACAGUGAAAGGACAGUGGUCAGCAUGGACGAGUCAGACUGUUGGCUUUUGUCAAUCAAAUUGUAAGAGAACUGUGUCCUUGACAAGAACUUGUUCAAACCCCGCCCCCUCAGGAGGAGGGCUACAGUGUAGUGGACCCACAAUUAACUACAUCACAGAAGAUUGUACAGGAGGCGCCUGUAGUAGAGCUCUUCCACGAAAAACUACUGAUACGCUCAUAUAUGUUUUGGCAGCUACUACGGGGAUAUUUUUUCUGCUAUUUGUGAUGUCAUUUAUAGCCAUCAUUAGACUCGUUCUUAGAAAGCGAAAAGAAGUGACCGAGUCGAGUGUAGAAUUCUCCACUGUGUCCAGUUCAGUUGAUGUUUACGACGGUAGACAAUUUGACGGUUCUCAGGGUGAACUACCUAUUGAUUCGUCUCUGAUGCAACCAGCACCUCCAGGAGAGAGUCUCAAUCAGAAUGCACCACAAUUGGCAGAAAACAACCAACGGGAGACAAACACGUAUGAGACGUUGGAUGUAUCCGAUGUUGGCGAGCGAUCUCAAUAUGACAAAAUAAAUGUGUAAAUACGAGACGGAGGCUGGGGUUGCAACCCCCCCCCCCCCCCCCCCCCCCCCCUCCUCGCCUUCCCCGCAGUGCUGGAGCAAAUCUUUGAAUUCGGGCAAAAAUUAUAGAAAUAUUCGAGUAAAGUCAACUGGCCUAAAACAAUUUCACCAUGUAUUUGCAUCAUUAUACCCACAAUAUUAGUUGUAAUGCAUGUAAAAAAAAUGUGUAACGAUUCGUUCGCUUUGUGUGUAUGAAUGAAUGUUGUUACAAGAUUCGGGCAUGUUUAUUUAAUUCCGGCAACAAUCAGCCUCUCCAACACCCCCCCCCCCCCCCCCCGCCCCGCCCUCCGCCUAUGCAUUAAUGUUCUUGUAGUUACAUCGUUCAAGAACAUUCACUACAUUGUCGAUUUUAGUUGCCAUUAUGGCUUUCUUUGACUAAUUUGAUUUGAAUUUUCUGUUUGUAUUUAUGAUUGUUUAGUUUAGUAGUACAUACAAGAUUGAAAAUCAUCUGUUAAAGAACAAUGAGUAUAGUAAUAACUGGCAGCAUGUUUCUUUUUGAACGAAAAAUAAAACAUUGUUUUUGAAAAUUAUACGUAACACAAACACCGCCUCAUCCCAUAGCCAGGCACGUGUACAGUAAAUUACAUUGGUGUUUGUGAUGAGCGAAGUUUCUAGGUGUUUUCGUCAUGCUAUCCAGGAAAUAUAGUUUUAAAAAUAAAAUUCGCUUGUGUCCACAACUCUUUACAUAAUUGUUGAACGGCUCCUUUAUCACGUGAUAACAUUCUCUGGAUAUGGAACAAUGCUUCUUUUAGGAGAUAACCAUAUGGAGUUUUUAGAUUUGCGGGUGUUAUUGUCUAUUUGAUCCCGCAAAUGUCAUUUUUGACCGAAGGCGUUAGCCUGAGGUCAAAAAUGAAACAUUUGCGGGAUCAAAUAGACAAUAACACCCGCAAAUCUAAAAACUCCAUAUGGUUAUGUCCAUUGUAAACUGAAACGUUUUUUACAUAGAACUAUAUAAUUGUUCGGCAUAAUAACAUUCACUGACGUCGUUAAACGGCUUUUUCAGUUGCUAUGCAAUGCAUGCGAUCCGUGAAAUUCACUUUCUUUAAUCUGCUUAAUUGACAUCCAUUUUUUAAAUGCUUACUGAAAUGGGAAGAAAUUAACAUUUACAAUGUCAAUGAAAUAUAUCCUAUUUCGUGAAAAAAAAUGCAACCGUUGACGUUUGAACAGUUAACUUGCAACAACUGUACCGCUUUCCAAUGACGUCACUGGUUGCUGAUGCGAAAUGAAUUCGUCCAUAGGGGUUUAACUGUAUUAUCUAGUGCUUUAAAACAAACAACAAACAUUGUUUUUUUUACAUAUGUCAAAGUUAUUUAAUCAAAUCAGCAGAGUGUCAAUACAUUUUUAAUUGGUGAACGUAUUUUUGGUGUUUUGUUGAAACCAAUUUUAACAAUUUUAUACGAACAAAAAUUAAUACCCUACUGUAAUGGUAAUGGGACAGUCUUGACCUACUGAAAGUAAUUAUUUAUUGUGACAGUCGAGUUUUGCAUGUUGAAAAGACCACGUGUUACAUUUUCUGCAGCACGAUCAAAUUCGAAAUUAUGUACAUUUCUGUUUGGAUUUGGUCUGUUGCCAUAUGGAGUAAGAACACCCCUUUCACCUUGCAAGAUUUCAAUAUCUUGACACCCCAUAUUGUAUUCCGUCCUGUGGCUUUUGACAAAGAAUCCCCAAUUAUCUUUUUUAGGUGUUCUUUAUCCACCUUGACAAAUCGCUGGUUCUUGGUGUCUGUUGCAACUUGUUGAGCAAGUUGAUCAAGGUCAUCCAGACCGCUGUUGCCAUUAGCGCUUGUCGAGGACGUUGCACUUGCUUCAGUUGUAUCAUCAAGAACUGAAAUAGAGAGAGGAUGCCUAUUCAGAAGAUAGUUAACCCAUCAUUUUCCAUCUCAAAAGAAAUUUAAAUUUUGAAGAAGAAAAUAAUGAAAUUGGAAAUCAACUGACUUAUUUUUAAAAUGUCACAAAAUUAUAUAUCAACAAAACUUGGAAUUUAAAUGACUCACACAAAAUUAUAUCUAAGUAAACCUUGUAUUUAAAUUACUUACCAUCAUCUUUCAUCAACAUAUCUAUCAGAACUUCAUUUGUCUGCCAAUUUGUAUCGUCGUCAAAUAGGUUAAAAUUUGGCGUAUCCAUUUGAAGAGGUGAUCCACUUCGGUUGUCUGCCAUUUUGUUGUUUGAAAUAGUAACAAUGUAUUCAUGAGCAGUGAUUAACUUACUAAUUUGAGGGUAUCGAAUGCCAUUCGACAAUGUUUAUUAGCCAAUCAUAUUACAGAACAUACUUACCAUCAGUUUACAAUUUAUAUUAUACCGUUAAAAUAUUACUAGUUUGACCUUUUGCCAGUUUAAGAAUAGGCGUGAACAGAUGUUGACAAAUCACAACUCAUUUGCACAUGAGAAGUGGAAUUUCAAACGUGUGUAUUCUCAGUUACCACACAUUUUUGUCAGUGGGAAAACAACCUAAGCAUGAUACAAUUAAUGUUACUAUCGUUAUUGUUGUUGUUGUUAUUGUUGUUGAUCUAUAGUCCAUCACAUUCUCAUAUAAAAAAUGUUUUGUAAAUAAUUUUAGUUUGGUAAGAAGAAAAGUAAAAGUGUUUUGAAAAUAACAAACAUAAAAACUUCACUAUUUUUUGUGUGCAAUUUAGAAAUCAAUAGCCUCAGAAAUAAAGAACUUGUAAUAAAUUCCAUAGUAUUAAAAAAAGGGCGAGCCGUGGGGCAAGGACUAUAAUUAUAUUAUUUUAUUUUGUUUUAUAAUGUGUUAUGUGUCGAACAAGCCUAGUUAGAAUAGAUUGUGAUAUAUUUUAUGUUAACAUUGUACAGUUUUAUGUAUAUUUUGAUAGUAUUCCAACCUGUAAGUUACUUUUAAACUGUUUUGUUAUAAAUGCUUGAAUCGGUCCAAAUAA